GUGAAAUGCAAUAUGAACUUGAACGCUCCACUGACGACAUGAAGUGGUGUGUGGUGUUGACAAUACUUUGCGCGAACGUUUUGAGGCUGCAAAACGUCGUUUUCCGGGGAGGCCACUGCGUGACCUGCCCGCAUCCUCACAGUUUUCCCGUUCCAAGACGUCGCCUGUCCGUCUCUACCCAUACCAUGGCAGGGAAGUCCCUCAACAGCUGCGUCUUCUGUCAGAUUUGCGGAGAUAACCCUAGUGGCACCGAACUGCUGUACUCGUCCGACGAGCUGGUCGUGUUCAAAGAUAUCAAACCAGCCGCCAAGCACCAUUAUCUAGUGGUCUCCAGAGAGCACAUCCCGGAUGCCAGAGCUAUGUCGAGCGCCCACAAGCCCCUGCUAGAGAAGAUGUUGGCAGCAGCUGACCAGGUGCUCAGGGAGCAGGGUGGCGACCCGGCUGAUGUCCGGCUGGGCUUCCACUGGCCGCCGUUCCACUCGGUCUCGCACCUUCACCUUCAUGUUAUUUCUCCCACUGCUGACAUGGGGCUCAUUGCCAGGAUGAUCUUCAAACAGAACUCAUGGUGGUUUGUCUCACCAGAAUAUGUCAUGUCGAGGUUGUGAACAUGAGUCAACUAUUUGUAAGACUGUACUAAAGUGAACUUUGAGCUUCAGGUGUAAUAUGCAGAGUAAGGAGAUAUUGUGAUGUGUAAUUUGUUGUCCUUACCCUGUAACUUACAAAAUACAGGAUAGAAUCAGCCCUACAGUAAAACAUUACAAGAUUAAAUUUUAAGAUUAAAAAAGAAGUAAACUUGUGCAAUGAAAUUAAAAAAUGUAUAUACUAGAAAUUCCAUAGUUUAUUGAAUUACGACUGAGAAUUAUCAAUUAGGUAGCAAGUCCAAUAAUGUGCAGAAUUAAUAAUAAGAAACACUGCAUGACUCCUGCAGUAUCAGUACUCACAACCGAAUUAGUAAUUUGAAAAUAAGUUUAACUGGAUUGUUUCAACAACUCAGAGGAAAAGAAGAGUAUUAUAAUAAAAGAGCUUUUCAAGUUAUAUAAUAAAAACAGGAAGUAGUAAAUAGCUGCUGAUGUCAAAAUGCAAUCACAAUCUAACGGAAGACACAAGUAAAAAUAGAAGAAGUGAUUGUAGUACCUUUGAUGAUCAUUUCUAACCACGAAUCGGCUUGGCAGCAAAAUUUGAACAUAAUAAUUUCAUCUCAGAAGUCAGCAUUCUGAUGUGAAUCACCAACAACACUGGGUAAUUGCUGCGUAUCCCAUAGCAAUAUGCAUUAAGCUGUACAUACAAAGUUCAGCAAAAAAGUUUUGUAAGGAACUGAAGUUAAACUAUUUAUAUAUUAAAGUUCCCAAAUUUUUA